GAAGGUAACAGCUGAACAAAAACCCGUGCGGAUUGUGCCAUCCAAGUAUUACGAGGGCGAAUUUUAAUCAUUUUUAGUCUUAAGCUCCUGUUUUUGAGGCAGCUAUUUUGAGCCGCGACACUAGUCAGUGACAGGCAGACGACCCCGCAGAAUCACAGACACUAUGGAUCUCUCCCCCACCAGCAGCAGCCUGAUGGCCAGCAACGUGACCAACAAAACGGACCCGCGCUCGCUCAACUCCCGGGUCUUCAUCGGCAACCUCAACACCAUGCUAGUGACCAAGGCCGACGUGGAGGCCAUCUUCGCCAAGUACGGCAAGAUCGUGGGCUGCUCCGUGCACAAGGGCUACGCCUUCGUGCAGUACGCCAACGAGCGCAACGCCAGGACUGCCGUGGCCUCCGAGGACGGCCGCAUGAUCGUCGGACAGGUUCUGGACAUCAAUCUGGCAGGAGAGCCAAAACCCCAUCGGUCGUCGAAGCCAAUCAAGCGCUCAGCAGGGGACAUGUACAGUUCCUCCUUUGAUCUUGACUAUGACUUCCAGAGGGACUACUACGACAGGAUGUACUCGUACCCAUCCCGUGUGCCCCCGCCACCCCCACCCCCCCUCUCGCGGGCGGUUAUCCCCUCCAAGAGGCCCAGGGUCAGCCUGAGUGGGGGCGGCAGCCGUCGCACCAAGAGCAACUUCUCCAAGAGCAGCCAGCGCACAUCCCGAACAACGUUAGCAUCCUCACAGGUCUCUCCAUCUGCGGUGAGGGCAGACGACCUGCAGACCAUUAAGAAAGAGCUGACCCAGAUCAAGCACAAGGUGGACUACCUGCUGGAGAGCCUGGAGCGCAUGGAGAGAGAUCACAGCAAGAAGUCAGAUGGGAAGAGCCUCAAACAGGAGGAGGCCUCGUCCCUGCAGCACUCGACCUUGAAGAAGGACCGUGAGAGUCCCGAGAUGAAUGACUACGAGGAGGAAGAGGGAGACCUUCUGGAGGAGGAGGAGAUCAAGAGUCGGGGGAGAGAGGAAGAUGACGAAGAGGAGGAGGGGGAGCAGGAGGAAGGAGAAGAUGAUGGAGACAGCGCUAGUGGAGAGCACUCUUAAACAAACAAACACACACACACACACACACACACACACACACACACACACACACACACACACACACACACAUUUAGACAUUCAAACACCUACAGUACAUACACAAAUACACACA